AUGGCUUUGGUCAACGAUACCCGUUCCCAGGCGGCACAGAUUCCCAUGUCGAGAAUCUUGUCACCCUCGCCGCUUCCCGGGCCUGAGCCAGGACAAUGGGACAGAACCAAGAGCAUGGCGAUUCCCCUGUCUACAAGCCUGCAGAACGAUUGGCACGAGACACAUGCUUCUGCCGUGUCGCAUUCCUCUGUUGCCCAGAAUUCCUGGCCACCUCAAACGAAGACGAACCCGGGCUCGUACCCAUCGACGCGUUCACCUUCGCGGCCCCUUGCAAAGGGAUCACAUCAGCUGGGGCUUAUCAACGUGAAAAGUGACCAUGUUGAUGAGCUCUUUAGAAUAUUCUUCGACAAAUACCACCCUCAUCUCCCUUUCCUCGACCCGCUACGUUCUCCAGAUGAGUAUUUCAGUCAAUCGAGUCUACUCUUUUGGUCCAUUAUUUCUGUGGCUGGGCGUCAAUGGGACCAGGAUAUAGCCUUGCUACCUUUACUGGCAUCGCCAGUCACGCGUCUGGCGUGGGACACUAUCAGAACUUUCCCAAGUAGCCUCGCCAGCUUGCAGGCUCUGCUAUUACUGUGCACGUGGCCAUUCCCAACAGUUACACGCUGGCUGGAGCCCACGCACGCCUGGAUCUCCAUGGCUACGAGCAUGGCCCAACAACUAGGCCUACCAGGACCCGAUCGCAGCUCCGAGUAUUCCAGAGCCAAACGACGUCUUACCACGUCCAUGGAGGACGAAAGGUUGCGAACAUGGGCAGCCUGUGUCAUAGUCACGCAAAAUGCCGCGACCGCUUCUGGAAUCAUGCCCUCGUUCUCAUUCGGUCUGACCAUUCAUUCGUCGCUCGAAGAGCCUUACAUCAGACAACUUCCGUAUGACCUUCGGCAAUUCUGUAUGAUUGCUCGAUUCAGUCAUCGCAUUGGCUCCAGGCUCAGUGAAACGUUUUGUCCGGAUGGCGGGAAUCUCGCUCCGGUGUCUGCCACCCAACACAUGCCACAACUCGAGACUGAAUUGGGAGUAUUGCAGCAAAGCGUCGACAUAUCGAAUAAAUACGUGCUCUGCCAGAUGCUGUCUGUUAAAUUAGCUUACUACGUUCAUUAUUUCUACUUGCCCACCUGGGAGAACGGGAGGAAGCGUGGAAUUCUCGAAUGCUACGCGAUUGCCCAGGAGUUCAUCAGCGAGGCAUCGAGUAUCGACAGGGUUUUGGAUCUCUUUCGGCACAUCAGCGGAUCGCUGUUUCUGAGCUUGUUCACCGCGACGUGUGUGCUCUGGAAGGUCUUGCAUUCCGGCUACCAUGCAGAUGUCGAUUUCGCGGCCGGGAGGGCCACCUUCAACAGCGCCAUCCGUGCCCUACGCGCGUGCUCGAUCGAAAAUAACGACAACGCGGCGCGACACGCCGAGAUCCUCGUCCAUCUCUGGACGGUUGCAGAAUUGCAACAACAUCGUACUGCCGGCGGCGAGCCCCUCGUGAUACACCGCUCCCGGCACGGCGCGAGUCUCACAUACGACUGUCUGUUCUACUGGAGGAACAACGUCGGUGGCAAGGUCACCAAUGGCUUGCACACCUCCCCUACAGUACCCGUCGACCGUGCUGGCCAUGGCAAUCCUCCAGCUGCAGACGGAUCUCCAGGCUUGCUGGACACCGAACCUUGGAUCACAGAGAGCCAGCUUUCUCUCGGUAUUGACAUGGUCGACGAUGGCUUAGACCUGGACGCCUCGAGCAUGCUGUUCGCACAGCUAUGA